UCUAACUCAGACGCCAAUAUUUUACUGUUUUACUGAGCAGCGCACGAGGAGGGGUGGUGAACAUGAAGGGUCGCAUCGCCAUCGCGCAAGUUUAUUUACGGAAGGUUUCAUGUUUGUGAAUGGGUUGAACUGAUUUCUGUAAAUAUUUAGCAUUUUCUCUCCUUGAGUUGUCACUGGACACAACCGAAGAUGACAUCAUCGAGUUCGGCACAGGCCGCAAGCAGUUUGAUUCAAUCAACUGCAGGCGCUAUUCCCGUUGUCAAUGAAAAAGGUGAGGUGUCUAUGCAAAAGGUGAAGGUGCACAGAUAUGUGUCUGGGAGAAGACCAAAGUAUGCACCAAAGGAGAGCAGCGAUGAAGAAAGCGGAGACGAAUUCACAUUUGAGCGCCGCCAGCAACCUGCGGCACCCGAACCCAUACUUAUUGAUGAAGAAGCAGAGAGAACCGACCCUCGACUUCGCCGUCUGCAACGUCGUGAACGCGAAUCUAACGAAGAAGAAAGGAUUGAACGUCACAGACAAAUUCACGAACCAGAAGUGUUGGCAGUCAACGAAGGGGCGGAAGAUGAACAGCGUGCAGCUCGUUGGAAAGAUGCAGAGGACAGCAGCGAUGAAGAAGACUUGGACGAUGAGGAAAUUGAGAGACGGCGGUUGAUGCUUCGUCAGCGGGCACUUCACAAGGCGCAAGAAGAGGAGCUGCUUGACCUAGAAGAUGAUGGGAGAUCUGAAGAGGCAGACACCGAGGAAUCCGAGUACGAGGAGUAUACUGAAUCCGAGGAGGAGGAUGUGGGACCACGUCUGAAGCCGGUGUUUGUCAGGAAACGUGACCGCAUCACCAUUCAGGAGAGGGAACGCUUGGCUCAAAAGGAGAAAGAACUCGAGCAAGAAGCCAAGAGGAUAGCUGAGGAGCGCCGUAAGACCACUCUCAAGAUAGUAGAAAACGAAACGAAGAAAGAAAUGAUGGAAGAGAAGAAAGUGGACGACUCCGAGGACUGGGUAAACACCGACGACGAGAACGACGAGGCAGCGUACGAGGCAUGGAAACUUCGAGAGCUCAAGCGCAUCAAGAGAGACAAGGAAGAGAAGGAGCAGUACGAGAAAGAGCGAAUGGAAGUGGAGCGCCUGCACAACAUGACGGAAGAAGAAAGGCGUGCAGAGUUACGAGCCAACCCACACGUCGUUACAAACAAACCUAUGAAAGGGAAAUACAAAUUUCUGCAGAAGUACUAUCACAGAGGUGUCUUCUUCUUGGACAAAGAAGAAGGUGUGCUCAAGAGAGAUUAUUCUGCACCUACUCUGGAAGAUCAUUUUGAUAAGACUGUGUUACCUAAAGUCAUGCAGGUUAAAAACUUUGGACGCUCUGGUCGUACCAAGUACACGCACUUGGUAGACCAAGACACGACGUUAUUCGAUUCUCCGUGGAUGUCGGAGACUGCCCAGAACCUCAAAUUUCACGCCAAUCAGGCUGGAGGCGUGCGACAGGCCUUUGAACGGCCAAGCAUCAAGAAACGCAAGACCAGUGCUUGAAUGUUUACGCCGUUCUUGUUCUUGUAAAUAGAGUUUGUGUACUGAUAAUCUGCGUUGUUGCAAAAUAAACACUGAGUGUGGA